CUUAACGGAAUGGUGGAUGGUUUGAUCGAUCCAGAAAUAGUGAUCAUUUAAUCCAAAAUGGCGAGCGCUGGCGAUGAAGAUGCCGAUGUUGUUCUCAGCGAUGUGGAGGGGGAGGAUUCCGUCCCCGAAGUCCUCAAAAUUCCGUCUCAAGAAGAUAUUUCUGUGGAGAAAUUUAGAGAGAUUCUUGCAGAGCUUGAACGUGAGCGACAAGCUAGGGAGGCUGCGGAGAGUGCCAAAUCCGAGAUGCAGGUGUCUUUUAAUCGCUUGAAAGUGCUUGCUCAUGAGGCGAUAAAGAAGCGUGACGAGAUCACGAAGCUGAGGAAUGAGGCAUUACGGGAAAAGGAAGAAGCGUUGAGAUCGAAUGAGAAGUUAUCAGGGGAACUAGCGGAGGCUCUGAAGCUGAAAGAUGAAAUUUCGAAACACCAGGAGGAUAGGGCUCGGCAGCUUGAUGAAGCUGUGAAAGCAAGGGACUUCUCGCGUUCGGAAAUUGAAGGCACUGCCCAUAUGCUUGUGAGUGGUAUCGAGAAGAUCUCUGGAAAGAUUAGUAACUUCAAGAAUUUUUCUGGGUCUGGGCUUCCUAGAUCUCAGAAGUACAGCGGAUUACGGGCUGUUGCUUAUGGAAUUAUCAAGAGAACAAACGAAAUUGUUGAAGAACUUAUUAGGCAGAUUGACGUGGCAACUAAGUCCAGAAAUGAAGCUCGUGAGCAGAUGGAACAAAGAAAUUAUGAAAUAGCUAUUGAAGUUUCUCAACUUGAAGCCACGAUUAGUGGGUUGAGGGAGGAGGUGGUGAAGAAAGCAUCUAAAGCUGAGAAUCUGGAGAAGUCAAUUGCUGAUAAAGAUGUGAAGAUAUCUGAGAUAGAUAGACAGAUGUCAGAGAAGCUGGACGCGGUGGAGAAGGAGGCAACGGGGUUAAGGGAGCUGGUUAAUGAUUAUGAUCAUAAAUUGAAGAAUUUGGAAUUAAACCUCGAAUCACAAAGGCCCUUACUUGUUGAGCAGUUAAAUUAUAUAUCAAAAAUACAUGACCGAGUAUAUCACGUAAUUAGGGUGGUUGAUGUUAAUAAAUCAGAUCAGUCGGACUUUUCCGAGUCCUUGUUCCUUCCACAAGGUAUGGACAUGGAUGAGAACCUACGCGCUUCUCUGGCCGGUAUGGAAUCUAUCUAUUCACUGGUCAAUAUUGCUGCGCAGAAGGUAAGCGAUGCAAUGGAAGAGAGGACCAGUGAAACGAAAGGUCUAAAUGAGACUCUUGCUCAAUUGGUGAAGGAUAAACAACAGAUUGGAUCCCUACUUAGAAGUGCUUUGUCAAGAAGGAUGUCAUCAGAUUCAUUAUCCAAAACAAAUGAGGUCCUACAUUCCGCCGAAAAUGGUUUCAGAGAGGCAGGGAUAUACUUCAGAUUCAGUAAUCUGCAGCAUGGUGACAAUGAUAAAUCAGGUGCUGUGGAUAUAGAGAAGGAUGAAGUCUUUACUCUGGCUGGCGCUCUGGAGAACAGUGUUAAGGAAUAUCAGCUGGAGAUCAUUGAUCUUCAAAAUUCUGUGGGAGAACUUAGGGCAGAGUUGUGUAUACUUAAGGCCAAUGUGGAGGCUCAAGCCACGGAACUAAGUCAAAGAAAGCAUCGGAUAGAGGAACUUGAAGAGAAGGAAAGAGUAGCCAAUGAAAAUGUUGAAGGGCUUAUGAUGGACAUAGCAGCUGCUGAAGAAGAAAUUUCAAGAUGGAAAGUGGCAGCAGAACAAGAGGCUGCAGCAGGCAGAGCCAUUGAACAAGAGUAUUUGGCACAGUUGUCAGCCGUUAGGCAGGAACUGGAUGAUGCAAAGCAAGCCAUGAUGGAAUCAGAGAAAAAGCUCAAAUUCAAAGAAGAGACUGCUGAAGCAGCCAUGGCUGCAAGAGAUGCCGCUGAUAAGUCUUUGAAGCUUGCAGACUUGAGGGCUUCAAGAUUGAGGGAUAGGAUGGAGGAGCUUUCCCAUCAGCUUGAGGAGUCUGAUAUCCGAGAAGAUUCAAGGAUCCGGAACAGGCCAAGAUAUAUAUGCUGGCCCUGGGAAUGGCUGGGGCUGAACUUUGUAGGAUAUCACCUGUCUGAGACACAACAGCAGAAUUCAAAUGAAAUGGAGCUUUCAGAACCGUUAUUAUAAGUGAAAAGUUGUCCUGUAUAAUUUCUUGUAAUCUUACAAAAUGAAAUAGGAAGUCAAGGAUUGUGCUUGCA